AUGGCUAAAUUUCUGCCGGUGAGAACAAUCGGGCCUACCAUACCAUCAUGGUACUUAGACAAUGUGGUGCCGGAUGAUAAGUCGUACGGCCUGAGCUCCUUCAAGCCCGUGACUGAACCCUGCACCACCUGGCUCAACAAACAACCCAAACGAUCUGUCAUCUAUGUCUCUUUUGGAAGCUUCGCCCAACCGGGAGCUGAUCAAAUGAGAGAAGUAGCUCUCGCCUUGAAAACGACACAAAUAAAGUUCCUAUGGGUCGUCAGGGCAUCCGAGGAAGCCAAGCUCCCAGAAAACUAUAGAGACGAGACACCCCAAGAGAAAGGGCUAAUCGUGACUUGGUGCAAUCAGUUGGACGUGUUGGCACACGAGGCUGUCGGGUGUUUCAUCACGCACUGCGGGUGGAACUCGACUCUGGAGGCACUGAGUCUGGGAGUCCCGAUGGUGGGGCUACCACAGUGGAGCGACCAGAGCACGAAUGCCAAGUUUGUUGGGGAUGUAUGGAAAACGGGAGUUAAGGGUGAAGCGGACGAGAGUGGGGUCGUCAGACGAGAUGAGAUAAUUCGUUGUGUGGAGCGUGUGAUGACGGGAGAGAGUGGGGAGGAGAUCAGGAGACGGGCAAUGGAGUGGGGGAAGUUGGCGAGGGAGGCCGUGGACAAAGGUGGGAGCUCGGAUACGAAUAUUCAAGAGUUUGUUUGUGGGUUGUCAAGAGCUUCAUGA